GUCACGUGAUAAACAAUGGCGGCCAGGGGUCGAAGUACCCGUAUGUUCGGUUCCGAGAAUUAACAGAAUACAUCUGAAAUAUUCAUAGUUGUUUCAGCGAUGUGGCGAUGAGGAGACUGUUAUGUUUUUUGCAGACAAACAGAAUAUAUCUAAAUGUGAAGUUAACGUUGAUCAUUGUGCAGUGGGACAAACAAGCCUGUCAGUGUUAGUUCAUUAUUGAGGCCCUUUGAAGCGAUGGCGCUGAAGAAGGUGGACAGUAUAACCGUAUCGACCCGGUUUGGAAACAGCCAGAUUGAACUUCUCAUGGGAGAUAUCACGAAGCUGGCGCUGGAAGACCAGGUGGAUAUUGUGAUGACAUCCGCUUUUAGAGGUGACUACAGCGACCACCAUACCAGCACAUUGAUGGGUGCCUUGAGUCGAAAUCUGGGAAUCUCUGUUCAGCAUCUGUCUUUUGAUAAAGAAAUUGAUUUACGUAAACAUUUUUCGUGCUGGGUGUCCAAGCCACUACUGAAAAAAAUUCCAUUCGGCAGACUUGUCUGUUUUGAAAGAAAUAUGAAUAGUGAAGCUGGCACCAUUGCAGAGCAAAUCAGUUUGGUGUUUCGGGCAAUGAUGCCAAUAUGUAACAACCAUGACACAACUAUUAUUACACCUCUACUGGCAACUGGCAUGCAGAAUCGGUCACCUCCCCAGAUUCUGAAAGCAAUGGUGGAGGGGGCGUGUCAGUGGAUUCAAGCUGGGCUGCCCCUCAAGUGUUUGAAAUUAGUUUUGUUUACCAACAAUGAUCAAAUCCGUGUAAAGGAUGAGGAUGCUGUGAAGAUGUUCACAUCGUUGAAGGACAGAUGGACAACUAAACAGACUGAGCACAUUACAGAGGUGAAGAAGAAUGAUGUGUUUAUCUCUUACCAUGAGGGUGAUGAGAGCUUUGUGAACCAGAUAUUGUCGUGUUUGAAGAGUCUCGACUCAAAUCUGACCAUCUUCAGUCGCCAGAUUUCCUACCACAAAGAGUCCGUCUGGCAGGAGGAGAUCUUUCAUGAGAUGACCAACUCAAAACGAAUAAUCAUAGUUCUGACUGCGGGGUAUGUUGAAAGUGCUGAGUGUUUGGAGCAGUUCAACAUGGCGCUGUGCUGUAAUCGACAACAAGACAAAGAUAUUGUCUUCCCGUUCUACUUACAAACCGUCAGCUCUCUCCCCGCCUACAUGCAGCUCGUCCAGUAUGUUGACUGCAGGGAACGUAAGGAUGGUGACGUUACUUUGACAAAGAUUAAGAAUGCCUGCAAUAGUCUUUUGACCAGUGAACAAGAUGCUGCAACAAUUCAGCCAAGUGAUACCUCAGACAGACUGGAAAAGAAACCAGAAAAUGAAAACUCGACUAAUCAGACAUACGAUGUGUUUAUCUCGUACUCACACAAACAUGAGUCAAUGGCUAAACACUUUCUUCAUCUUCUUGAAGAAAAGGAUUCAGAUUUAAAUGUCUUUUAUGACAGAACAGAUCUCAAAAUGGGCAGCCGAUGGCAGGACACUCUGUAUGGCGGUAUCUGCAGCUCCAAGUGUAUAGUAGCCCUUGUCACCAAGACGUACUUUGAGUCCACUGUGUGUUGUGAGGAAUACAACGUAGCAGCAGCCAGGUUUCUUGCUCAUAAUAACAUGUACUUCCUUCCUGUGUGUAUUGCUGACAUGGAGAGUGUUCCACCAGAGUAUGGGAAAAUUAAAAUGGUUGACUGCAGGACAGAUACCGAGGCCAAGCUGGAGCAGAUUGCAGAGAAAUCUAUAAAACUGUCAAGAAAAGGAAUCACAGACUCUCUGUUCUCUGAGCCAUCACUGAAAAUAAAACCCUAUCAGGUAAUUGCAGAGUACCGGAAACACACAUUUGAGGCAAAAUACGACAUCAAAAAUGGGUGUGUGUGUCGGAAGGAGGUACUUACAAAGGAAGUAAACAGCAAGGCAGGGGACUGUGACAUCGUUUUCAGUUUCUCGUUCCAAAGCCUCAAGUUCGCUGCUGUUUUCAGUAAGAAGAUGGUGACCCUGUUACCGGAUGUGAAGUGUAUAUUCCUCAGCGAGCACCGAUCUCAAAGGCUGCAGCUGCUGGACUCGGCCAAGUACAUUGUGAUAUUUGUGUCCAGCCAGUACUCCCAGUCUCCACAACAGAUGGAGGAGCUGCACCUGGCCUUGUGUCGGCAGAGAGCCGGGGCCAACAGGAAACUUGUUUACUUGAUUCAGUGUCGGAAGUCCGUGGACGAACCUUUCUAUUUGCAGCUUCUGCCAUACUCUGUGUGUCUGGACGAUACACUGUGGAAGAAAACAGCCAUAUCGUUGGUGAAGAAUUCGUACUCUGCACAUCACACUGUUAAGAUGACAAGAGAAACCAUUCAGGGGACUUACACGUGUACUCUGUCCGAAUAUCUCGCAUUGAGCAUGGUCUGUUUGGAUAUUGAAGAAAAUCAUCUCAGUUCAAGCACAGCCAGCCAGGCCAAUAUUGUCAGUGUUAUUAAAAUGCACCUCAAAAAUGAGAAUGUUGAUCAAGACAGUGUCACAUUGUCAGAGUGUUUUCAAGAUAAACCGCUGACGAUGGCCAGAACAGCCACAGCUGACGAGUUGAAGACGGACAAGCUAUGGAAUGAUGUCUUAGAUGAAUCUACCAGCACCAAGUUCACACGGGAAGAAGUCGAAAAAAAGCAAAUGGAUAAUUAUGUUAAAACAAUGCAAAAUGACUCGGAUCUGAGCUGGGAUCGGCUGUCUGAGCUGUCGAAUGCAUGUCAUGAUUUGAAUCACGAUCAUCAUCAAUAUAGUUUGAUGCUUGCUGGUGGACAGCGUGCCAGAUCUUCUUGUUGCACUAUUUUAUAGCAAUCGGCAUGCAGUACGCCAGAUGUUACUGCAGGUUUAUUUUUUAGCAUUGAAUCAUGGGAUACCAGUAAUGAUUCGAGGCAAGAUUUGGAUCGGCUAUCUCAGUUGUCAUGUGAAUGUCAUGAUUUUUAUCAUGGCAAUCAAUUUGAGGCUUCGUGUAUAAGGUUUAGAAGACAACGAUCUGCCUGUUGCACUAUUUUGUAACAUUUAGUGUGCAGUAUCCAGGUGUUCACUGUUGUAAGAUUAUUUACUAUAAUUAUUGUACUGUCCAGGGCACACCUCAACUAUCUGAGCUGGCUGUUAAGGACAGAUGUUAUUUUAGUAAUGUUCUUUAUGGUUUGACACAAGCAAUUGGUGUAACAGUGAUAGAAAUAAGCAGAUGGUCUAACUCUCCCUACCAGUAGCGUAGCAUGGGUGGGGCCACCAGACACAAUUCUGGACUGGUGGAAGGGACUCGGGGGGGAAGUGCUAACAGUCCACUGGUUAGGGGGUGCAAUAUUUGCCUUGCCCCGGACACUGGCAACCCACGCUAUGCCACUGCUCCCUACCGACUUUUUAAAAAGUAGCAGUGAUGUGGAUUGAUUUCACCAUUCAGCAUAUGGCACACGAGCUCUCAUGGCCUUGCUAUUCUAGUUAUUUUUUAUUACAAAAAAAGUGAUAUAUGCAUAUUUAUUAUAUACAUAGCAAUGAAAUAUAUUGAUCUACAGAAACCAUAAAAGUGAUAUUCGGUGAAAAAUCAUAUUUUCACUGUAUUUUAGCUACAGUAAAAAAUAUAGAAAUCGUAAUAUAAUUUAGUGAACCUUAAUGAAUCAGUUAUCUCCCUUGUAAAUUAUUACGAUUUUAAGUUUGAUGAUUACCAAUGGAUCUGGUUGUAUUUGAAUUAUUACAAAAAAAGUAAUUUAAACAAUUGUAUCUAUAAAAAAUGGAUAUGAAGUGCAAUUACGAUAAGAUAACUAAAAACUGAUUAAAUGCAAAGCUCAUUAAUGAAUAGACCAUUUCAUGGUGUUUUUUCGAAUAUGAUUAUGUCAACUCAUGAUCAUGUGUAAAAACCAUAUUUUCACACAUCACUCAUUGACAUACAAAUCGUAUUUGAAAAAUAACAUGAAAUAGCCUCUAUGUAUUGUGAUACAAUUUGUAUUAGGGUCCAUUUAUGUCUGAUAACAUUUCUAUCUGUGAUAAUACUUUGUUACAUAUUUGUUUAAAUAUGAAUUUACCGUGUUGUGUACAGCGACACGAAAACGGGUAGAUUUUAAUUUUUUUUAUAUUGUGCAUCAUUUUGACUAUUUUCAGACUGUAAAGCACAAAACAAAUAGCAUUUAGAUUUAUUAAUUUUGAGUUUAGUUAUGUGUCUGUAUAUUGUUUUCAUAUUCUAUGGUACUUAGCUUAUUUCAGAAACACAAAAAUACUGUGAUAAAAUCUUACAUGAAAGUCAACAUAUAUCGUGCUUAUAACAUAAUGCUGUGAUGAAAUUUAAGAGAUGUA